CCAGCCUGAAUCAUGACAAGCCCGUACAACGCAGAAACCUCCGCUGUCGAAGUCGUCAAGGAUCUCGGCAGCCACAUCUCCGGCAAAACUAUCCUUGUCACUGGAGUUUCCCCCGACACGCUCGGCUCUGAGUUUGUCGAGCAGAUCGCAAAGGCCCACCCUAAACUCAUCAUCCUUGCUGGGCGCAACAUCGCGAAAGGCCAGGUCACCGCGGACGCCGUUUCAAAGAUCGACGCCAGCGUGCAGACGCGUGUGCUGAAGCUCGACCUCGAGUCGCUUGCUGGAGCGCGCGCGGCCGCAGCGGAGGUCAACGGGUGGGAAGACGUUCCGAACAUCGACGUGCUCGUGAACAAUGCGGGCAUCAUGGCAGUUGACUAUGCGAAGACGGAGGACGGAUUCGAGCGCCAGUUCGCGACGAACCAUCUCAUCCUCAAGUCACAGGCGCCGAGGAUUGUGAUAGUCUCGAGUGCUGGGCAUAGGUUCGGGUUUGUGCGGUUUGCCGACGUUGGGUUCUCGGAUGGCGAGUUCUAUGAUAGGUGGAGAGCGUAUGGGCAGUCCAAGACCGCGAACAUUCUCUUGGCCGCGGCUCUGGCUGAGCGGCUGGGCAAGCGGGGCCUGACGGCUGUAUCGCUGCAUCCUGCGUUGCUCGACAAGACUAUGGGAAACGAAGAGGGUUGGAGGGCUGGCGGUCUCAAGCUCAAGGACUUGGCACAAGGCGUUGCGACUCAUGUCUACGGUGCUUUUGAACCUGGUUUACGAGAACACAACGGAAGCUACCUACAGGAUAGUCGGAUUGCCGAUCCCUAUGCCGACACCGUCAAACCUUGGGCGCGCGAUAGAGUGGGGGCAGAGAAACUGUGGAAGCUGAGCGAGAAACUCGUUGGUCAAGAGUUUGCGUAUUAAGCUAAGUACGCUAAGAUCAUGUUCUAAGAUGCGAUUCCUUCUCCCGUGAAUCAAAGGAAAUUGUGGUUUUCUCCAGUGCCUUGCAUGCGCAGCUGCCAUCAUCCUGCCGAGACAAUCGUAUGUCCUCGGAGAGGACGGAAAGUCAACUCCACGUGACGUAGCGCGUCGCGCUUUUAUAUCAAUUGAUGUUGGUGUGGCAGCACACCCACACCCCCAUUCGCAUUGUUGCGCCCCACCC